AUGUGGAACAACGAAAUGGAACUUGCCUUGUCCCGCUCACCAUUGGAACUCCAGUUUCUCACCCAGAAAGGUCACGUCAAAGAAGAAAACAAAUUGUGAGUACUAUUUGUUUGAUUUUUGAGGUUUUAGCUAAAUGACCCGUUCGAGGAGACAAAUUUCGUGCUGCAUGAGCUUUCUGAUCAAUUCCUGAUGUCAAAAGGGAGCGUAUUAGGUAACUUUGCCGUUUCAAAAUGUUUGACUUGCCAUGUGCAAUAUAACUUUUGGUCGAAAAACCUUCAAGUCCACAUUUCCGUCGAAACCAACAUCAAGCCCUAAGCACAGACACGUAUAGUUUCCUCACGAUUUUUGGCAGAUGGCGCUUGACUAUACCUUGUUUUAGGCUGUUUCGGCUAAAACAAGAUCUAUAUCGUUUGCCAAGUUUUUAGGCCAUAAUCAAUCUUUUUAUUAUUAUGUGAUAAAUCUUGAUCUUUCGCUAUUUUAUUAAAUACCGUGAAAUUUACAACGCCAAUCAAUAGAAAAUUUUUUUCACAGUCAAAUAUUUUGACUGAAUGUCAGUCAGUUUUUUUUUGGCUGAGCCAAGAGAUUUUGGCUGAACUUCAGACAGAAAUCUUGGAUUUCUUGGCUGAGUUGCCAGCCAAUUUCUUUUUGACUGAACAGAAACAUUUUGACUACUGUUCAGACAGAAAUCUUCGAUUUCUUGUCUGAGUUGCAGGCAAGAAUUUGCUGUCUGAAAUUCAGACAACAAUUUUUGAUUUCUUGGCUGGUUUACAGACAAAAAAAAGCAUGCAGUCAAGAAACGAAAUAUUGCUGUCUGAAUUUCAGCCAAGAAUAUCAAAUUCUUGGCUGGAGGCCCUACAGCCAAGAAAUCGGGGGUUUUUGCCAGUCAAGACGAAAAAUUUUAAAUCGCACCACCCCUAUAUAUAUAUACAUAUGCGAUUCGUAAUAUGCAUAUCCAAAAUUUAUUGAUUGUCUUGACUUAAACAUUUAAUUUUCAGAAGAAUGUCACAAACUGGCCAGUUUCGGAUAAUUACUUGGGGAUCGGCGACAAUAACCACAGAUUUACUGGAGAAAUGUGCUAAAUUAUUCUCUGAGAACUAUGGAAAGUGGGGAGUAGUGGGAUCAUUUCCAGGUCGUCCUGUUAAACUAUCACAUUCUCGAUUGAGAAGCGACUACCUGUUCAAUCCACAGACUUGUUCAUUAAUUACUGCAGACACUGGCGUCGAUGGCGAUGUUGUGGCUCAUGCCUUUGUGUGCAGCUUUCCUUUUCUCAGUGGUAAGUUUUUUUCAUUUGUAAAUAACAAAUCUGUUCCUUUUGUGCUAAUUUUAUUAGAAAUUAUUUGUUUUAGGCUACGCCGUAUGGAUCACGCAGCUCGUCGUUAGAAAAGAUAUGCGUCACAAAGGACUUGCAACUGAGCUGGUGGCUAGAGCAUGGAAGAAAGAUGCCUUGGCCUGGGGCCUUAUGUCAUCGCAUCCUUACGCUGUUCGAGCUUUGGAAAGUGCAACGCAACGCAAAUGUGAUCCACAGUUGAUUUCUCUUUAUGCGAAGGUCUUACUCAAAGCUAGUGGCAUUCCUUUUUUCCAAGAAUGUAAAAUUACUACGACUGAAAAUCGUUCUGUAAUCCGUAGUAAAUUCUUUGUUGAUCAUACCGAAAUUAAUGCUAUUUUGACCGGCUUGGGAAGUGAAUGGAAGCUUGGACCUCUCGAGGAAGGUGAUGAAUUUUUUGCAUUCACUUUCAAGGAUCACUUGUAAUAUGUUUUUAAAUUUUCUGUAUGAUAUAUGUAGUUAUAUAUUUAUUUGGAUGUAUUGAAUAAAUUUAAGUGAAAUUAUUGCUAAUAUUAGAGCAAUAGUAGGAUGAUUUUAAAGUUAUCUAUGAUUUUGAGAUUGUUAUGGAGAUCUCAAAGAAAUACCCAGAUGUUUCUUUCUUCUAACCCUACCUCAUCCCAACACUAUCGUCGUCGGCCCUAGAUACAAAGACAAUCGAUCCCGGGUAUAUUUACAAAAGUCAUUGAUAAAGGAUAAUAAAUGGUCAGAAAUUUGUGGAUAAGUCGGUGAAUUCAAGGGGAUUGCGUGGAAAAAUAAGUAAGGAGCUCUGAAAAGAUUUGGGCGGGUGAUUUCGAAAGGUUGAGAUCACCAAAAUGGCAAAUUAAACAAAUUUUUAAUGUAGAUGUCAAGUAUAAUAUAAAAAAUCUAAAAAAUCUAGAGAAUUUCGACAUCCGAGCGUUUGAAACGCCGCUUAAUACACCAUAAAAGCAAUGAUUACGCGGCAACAUUCGUAUUUUACAAUUUCUCCGGUUAUUUCCAAAAAAUCAAUAGUGACACUUCGUCCACAUACGAAAUGUCAAAAAUAAUUCUGCAGAAUUUUUGCGAAAUAGCGUUAUAAGUGGUUUAGCGUUCGAACGGCCUUCUUUGAUAGCGAUUGGCAAAAGCAGAAAGUGAAAGGUAAACGGGAAAUAUUUAUUUAUAUUGUACUAGGUAUCAUUCGAGAAAUUGGUAUGUUAGGCUUGAUUGUAAGCGAUGUUUCAAGUUGCUUUAUGUCAAGAACAUCAUUCUACAGCCUUUUUAAGCCUAGCUUUUCUUCGUCACAGGUUUUUUAAUCAGUCUUGAGCAUCUAGUUCAAUAAUUCGGAAAGCGGUAAUAUUAUAUUGCUUGUGGUGAUAAUUUAUUUCUGUCGAGCUUUAUUACCCUAGAAACUAGUAAAAUAUUGUCUAAACUUUCCAUUCAGACCUCAAUCAUGGCGACAACAAUCCCGGGAAGCUUGGUCAACAAGACCAAGAAGCAUUUCAUGGGAAUGCCGGCUCCAGCGGGCUAUGUGGCUGGUAUCGGUCGUGGUGCCACCGGAUUCACAACACGGUCUGAUAUUGGUCCCGCAAAAGAUGCCGGAGAGAGCUUACCAGAUGCUCCAGGGGGACCGCCAGCUAAAAAACCGAAGGAGACUGACGAUGAGCCGGAGGAUCUGAAUGACGCCAACUUUGACGAUGUAAGUUAAUAUUUUUGUUAUCUUGCUUUGGUUUUUAGGUAAAGAAGGAGGAAUUGUAAAUGAUCAGCGACAAUAGAGUCUGACUGUGGCUAAAAAAUAAAUUUCAUAUUGCUUAGUGGAGCAGGGUUUCAAUGGCGAACAAUUUUAUGUUAUCCAUGGGGACUUGAUAAUACAAGUUGAAUUUUUGUUUACUUUUGAUGCUAAAAGACUAUUUUUGGUUCUGUGGUUGGCGGAAUAGGUUGGGGCAAGUUCAAAGGAGCAUUUUUAGUACUAAAUUUCACAAAGCGACAUCUGCUUUUCACGUCUAUUUUUAUCUUUCGCCGAAGGGCGCGUCAGCUGAAAUAAGGUCAAUUAAAAUUGCCGAAAAUAGCGAUUUAACCAUGAUAAGCUUUCUUCUUUUAGUUCGAAGGUUAUGGAGGCAGUUUAUUCUCUAAAGACCCGUAUGACAAAGAGGACGAGGAGGCUGAUGAAGUCUAUUAUCAAGUGGAUUGCCGACAAGAUGAACGACGAAAGGCUUAUCGAGAAAAGAAGCUGAAAGAACAAAUAGAUGCGUACAGAAAAGAACGGCCAAAGAUUCAGCAACAGUUCAGUGAUUUGAAGCGGCAAUUGUCAGCGGUUACCGAGGACGAAUGGGCUGCUAUUCCAGAGGUCGGAGAUUCCAGAAAUAAGGCCAAAAGAAAUCCGAGAGCCGAAAAGUAAGUGGAGUUAUUGGAUGACGUGGCUAUAUGGCAUAUAUUUUACCUAAUAACUUUUUUAUUUCUUAAGUUUAACGUAUUUUUUAUAACUUUUUUCUAAAUUAUAUUACUUUAGGUCGAAAAUUGAUGUUUUUGUUAGGAAAUGAGGGCGAAAUAAUGUUUUUGAGGCCAUAUUUUUCUGAAUGAACCCUUGUGUUUACAAAAUUUUACUAUUUUUUGGUAUUUUUUUUAUCAAAUUUAUAUUACUUUAGGUAUGAUUCCGGAAAAAAUUUAUUCCAAAUAAAACGACUUAUAUCGUAUUUUACCAACCCAAACCAUCUUAUUUUCAGAUACACAGCAGUUUCGGACUCCCUAAUCGCCAGUGCGAUGAGUUUUGGCCAGAUUAGUUCGGUCCUGGAUCAAGAUGUUCAGUCCGGAAUCGCCUCCACAACCUCGGGAUUCCGCUCCACCGUCGGUGGGAUGAAAACGCCGGGCCUGGCGACGCCCGCAGGUACGCGGACAUCCACCGAUUUGGAUCUGCAGAAGAUUGGCCAAGCCCGAAAGGGCAUCAUGGAUAUCAGAUUGAAGGGGGUAAGUGGCUGUAAAAUAUAGAUUUUUUGCUUGGAAAUAGUGGAAUAGUUGAUUUUAGGGAUUUUUGAAGUAAUUUUGAGGGCUGUAUUGGAUUGGAUUACUUUAAUUUUUUAUAAUUUUUUGGGAAGUUUGAGAGAAAAAUUGGUUAAAAAGGGAUGAAAUUAUGGUAGAAUAGUGCGGAUUAGGUGAUUUCAGGGAUUUCUGAAGUAAUUUUGGGGGUUGUGUUGGAUUGGAUUACUGUAAUUUUUAAAAAUUUUGGGGAAAUUUUAAAGAAAAAAAUGGGUUGAAAAGGCGGAAAAUUAUGGUAAAAUACGGAUCCUUUAAUCAAGCAUAUGUAUUAUAAAUCCUGAAAAUUAAAUUUGCCAUCAUUUGCGGGCUGAAUUUCGAAGAUACGACCGUUUAUUUUUAAGAAAUACGAUUUUUUUUGUUUUUUUUUGAUUAUCAUCAUGGAGCUUGGCUAUUUAGGAGUAAAAAAGAAGGUUUUUUGGAUGGUAGAUAUAUGUUAGGCCUGGGAAAUGAGUUUACCAGACGCUCUGCUAAUUUUGGGAUACUGUAACAUGGAAAAAUUUGAAAGAUUUGCUGAUAUAUGCAAGUUUUGCCUUCGAAUUACCGAUUUUUGUCGAUUUUUGUGUGAUAUUAUAAUUUGGGUUGUAAAAUACGUGAUAUCCGCAGCUAUUGUUUGUAUUAGCUUACUGUAACAUCAAAAAAUUUUUCGAAUUCUUGCAUUUUUUUCGAAUUUUUUUCCAAUUUCCUCUCCAAAUGAUGAAAGAAACUCGGUGAGCGCUUGAAAUUUUAUUAUUUCAGUUUUUAACAGGCACUGAGAAUGUCACAGUGUCUGUUUAGUUUGUAAAAGCCGAAAAGAAUUUGCCAUGCGCAUGAAAAAUUCGAAAAAGUUUGAAUUUUCAGCUUUAAUGGCAAGUACAAGGUCCUAGACCGACAAUUUUGAAAAGGCUUUUGCGCAAUGACCCUUUUAUUGAAGUUUUCAAUCUGAUGGAAAGGAAUUGGAAGUAAAAUACGGAGAAAUUUAUUCAUCAUAUUUGAUUAUUUUAGGAAUUUUUGGUAAAAUUUUUUAAAAAUAAUAAUGAAAAAUUAAAUUUUCAAAAAACUUAAAUAUACAGUUUUGUAGAGGAGAAAAAGCUGUAUCAAAUAAAUAUAUACCCUUUGCCAAACAACAAACAGUAUUUGUAAAAAAAGUAAUGCAAAAAAAACGAACGAACUUUCUGGACGAGCUAAUAUUUUUGGGUUAAAUUUGGAGAUUUUUGUCAAUUUUUUGGUGUUUUACUGCUUACAAGGGAAGUACUUGAAGUGCGACGCUCAGAUUUUGAUAAAAAUUGGCAUAGAUGAAGAUUGGAAUUUUCUUAUUCGAUUGCGCGCAUUCUAGCUCGCGCUUUGCAGAAACCGCCGAGAAAAAAGGGCCGAAAUAUCGAAAAAAAUCUUCAAAUGCCGGCGAAUUUUCCCUGAUUCCAUUGAUCUUGGCAUUCCGUUUCAGGAGAAAAAUAUAUUUUUUCUCGCAAGAAAUUUUUUGUUGAUAUUGUUCAAGACUAUUUUGUUGCUUUUAUGUGGAAUAUGGUGUGUUGUUUUCAAUUGUCGCCAUCCGAAGGGUAAAAUGUUUCGUUUUUUGACGAAUUAAUGCAGUUUUUUCCUCUGCGGAUGGGCAAACCACUCUAAUAGUUGCUUCAAAGUCGUUUAGGAGAGAUGCAAAACGUUCUACGGUCGUGCAUGAACGUAGUUAUAAAGUAAGUGUAAAAAAAUUUUUAUUUUUUCACUGUUUUUCAGUUUAUUCCAUUUAUAAAACAAAGUAAGUGUCUCAAGGGUGCUCCGCCUGUGUACAGUGUUCCGAUGGUGCACAUUCGCUGUUCUCGUUGUUCAGAAUUUGCUUGCUGAAAUAAAAAAUAAAAUUUUUGGGAAACUUACUCUAUGAUUCGUUCAUACACGAAGUAGAACGUUUUGCAUCUCUUCUGAUCAACUUUGAAGCAACUAUUAGAGUGGUUUGCCCAUCCGCAGAGGAAAAGCUGCAUAAAUUCGUCAAAAAACGAAACAUUUUACCCUUCGGAUGGCAACAAUCCAAUUAAUAGCGCUGGAAUCAUGUCCUGAGUAUAAAAAAGUGAAAAUAACACAUCAUAAUCCACAUAAAAGCAACAAAACAGUCUUGAACAUUAUCAAGAAAAAAUUUCUUGCGAGAAAAAAUAUUUUUCUCCUGGAACGGAAUGCCAAGAUCAAGAGAAUUUGCAGGGAAAUUCGUCGGCAUUUGAAGAUUUUUUCCGAUAUUCCGGCCCUUCUUUCUCGGCGGUUUCUGCAAAGCGCGAGCUAGGAUGCUCGUAAUCGAAUAAGAAAAUUCCAAUCUCCAUCUAUGCCAAUUUUUAUCAAAAUCUGAGCGUCGCACUUCAAGUACUUCCCUUGUUAAAAAGAAUUGUAAAUAUUUCACAAUUUAAUUUCAGGCCUUUUUCUUCUAUAAAAAUACUAUUUACAGCAUUUCCGACCAUCUUUUUAUAUUACAGUACCCAUCCCUUUCAGGUGUCAGAUUCGGUGACCGGACAAACCGUCGUGAACCCCCAAUCCUACCUAACAGACCUCCAAUCCAUCAAUCCGGCCAAUGGAAUCGAUGUGAGCGACGUGAAGAAGGCCCGAAGUUUGUUCAAGUCAAUCCGAGACAGUAAUCCCAACCAUCCGCCGGCCUGGAUUGCAUCGGCGAAUCUGGAAAGUGCGGUCGGCAAAAUGCAGGCAGCACGGAACUUGAUCAUGGAGGGAUGCGAGAAGAACCAGGACUCGGAGGAACUAUGGCUAACCGCCGUCAGACUUCACCCACCUGAUCAGGCUAAACUUAUCGGUAAGAUUGGGUUAUAUUUGAUCAAUUGGAAAGAAGUUGGGGGAGAUUUGAGGGUCAUAAGGAAGAUUAGAGCAGUGUACGGGAUUUUUGAGGAUAUUGGAGCUUGGGUUUUGAAUUUUUGACACAUUUUUAUAUUGUUUUAGGCUAAAAAAUGAUGAAUUUUUGAAAAAAUUGACAGUUUUUUGAAAAAUUUGGGGGAACUGGGAAAGUAAAAGGAAAUUUAGAGAAGAUUAAAGAGUUUUUGACAAUGUAAGGAAGUUUUUGAAAAAAAUGGGUAUUUUUUAUAUUGAUUUAGGCAAAAAGUCGUCAAAAUUUUGAGAAAUUUGAUGUUUUUGGGUGGAAAAUUAAUUUUAAUGACUGUAAAUUGAUUAUUUUUGGGUGAAAGAUGAAGCUUCUCUUCUAUUUUUAUUAUUCUGAAUAUAAUUUUACUUGAUUUUAUUACCGAAAUUUCGAUAUUUUUGAAAAAAUUUUAAAAAAAUUAAUUUUUUCAAAAAAAUUUUUUUUUUGAUUUUUUAUCGUUUUUUCAGUCUCAAACGCCGUGAACCACCUUCCCACAUCAGUUCCAAUCUGGCUAGCCGCCGCUGGUCUCGAAACUGAACUGAAAUUGAAGAAAAAAGUGCUCCGGAAAGGCCUGGCCCGCGUCCCCAAAUCGGUGAAGCUCUGGAAAGCCGCGAUAGACCUCGAAACAGACGAAGAAGAGGCCAAAAAAUUGCUGACGAGAGCUGUGGAAUGCUGCAGCUCCAGCACCGACCUUUGGCUGGCAUUGGCGAGGCUGGAAACCUACGAAAACGCGAGGAAAGUCCUGAACAAGGCCCGAGAAAACAUCCCCACCGACCGACAAAUCUGGAUCAGCGCCGCCAAACUCGAGGAAACCAAAGGACAGGUGGAGAUGAUCGAGAAAUUGAUGGAAAGAGCGCUGAUCUCCCUCAGGGCGAACCAGGUUGAGAUCACGAGAAAACAGUGGUUUGAGGACGCGAUCGACGCCGAAAAAAGUGGUUGCCCCCUCACGGCUAAUGCAAUUAUGUAAGAAUUUGAAGUUGGAUUAGAGAGCGGAGACCUUGAGGAGUAGUGAAAAUGAAUUUUGGGAAAUUUGGGUUACUGUAACAAAGAGAAAUUUGAAAAAAUGGCGGAAUUUUGGGGUUUUUUGGAAACUUUUGGUUUUUUUGAUGGAUUUGAAUGGGAAGAAGGGUGAAAUUGAAAUUCUAAUAUAAAAUACGAAUGUUAGAUUGACUGGAAAUAAAUUUUGUAGCAUACUUCGGUUAGUACAACAUAAAAAUUUUUUAAUUUUUUUGUGAUUUUUUAACAAUUUUUUAGAUAUUGGUUAUUCAAACGAUUUUUCUGAAUGAAAAUGUUUUUAAAAUACGUCAAUUUCAAGUAUUCAUCAAUUUGGGUUACUGUAACAUCAAAAAAUUUUAAAGUUUUGCAAUUUUUUCGGAUUUUUUUUCUAUUUCCUCUCCAAAUGAUGAAAGAAACUUGGUGAGCGCUUGAAAUUUUAUUAUUUCAGUUUAUAGCAGACAUUGAGAAUGUCAAGUGUCUGUUUAGUUUGAAAAAGCCGAAAAAGAAUUGUCAUGCGCAUGAAAAAUUCGAAAAUGAUUGGAUUUUUCAGCUUUAAUGGGAAGUACAAGGUCCUAUACUGAUAAUUUUGAAAAGGCUUUUGCGCAAUGACCCUUUUAUUGAAGUUUUCAAUCUGAUGGAAAAGAAUUGGAAGUAAAAUACGGAGAAAUUUUUAAAAAUUUUACGAUUUUUUUUUGAUUUUUUGGAGAUUUUGUGAUAUUUGGUGGUUAAUAUGCAUGUUAUUUGAAAAAUUAGUUCAUUUUACUACGUUUUGCAUCCGAUUUAUGUAUGUUUUUGACAAAAGUUUGAGAUUUUUGAGAAAUUUUUGCCUAGUGUAAUAUAAAAUUUUCAAUUUUUUUGUCUAAAAUAAUAUCCAAAAUGUUGCAGAAAGCAUGUUAUGGGUGUUGGAGUGGAAGAGGAGGACAAAAAGGCCACAUUUUUGUGAAAAAUUUGAGAUUUUUGAGAAAUUUUUGCCUGGUGUAAUAUAAAAAUUUUCAAUUUUUUGUCUAAAAUAAUACCCAAAAUAUUUCAGAAAGCAUGUUAUGGGUGUUGGAGUGGAGGAAGAGGACAAGAAGACCACCUGGCUCGAGGACGCCGAGUUUUUCACCAACCAACAGGCCUUCGAAUGCGCCCGAUCCAUCUACGGAUUCAUGCUGACAGAGUUCGCCGAAAAGAAGUCGGUCUGGCUGGAAGCAGUGGUCUUCGAAAAGGAGCACGGCACUCCCGAAAGCUACGAAAAUCUGCUCAAAAAAGCGGUCGAAAAAUGCCCCAAAGCGGAGGUCCUGUGGCUACGCUACGCCAAGGCCCGCUGGCAACAGGACGACGUCGCUGGAGCCCGCCAAAUCCUCUCCGAAGCCUUCCAAAAGAACCCCAAUUCGGAGAAUGUGUGGAUGGCCGCCGUGAAGCUGGAAUCCGAGACCAAUAAUUACGAAGCAGCGAGGAAAUUGCUCACCAAAGCCCGAACAAUGGCUCCAUCCCCCCGGUUCUGGCUCAAAUCCGCCCGAUUGGAGUGGUGCUUGGAGGAUCUGGCCGCUGCGGAGGAGUUGCUAAAGGUAAACGAGAGUUUUGGAGAGAUUUGAAAGGGUUUUGGAGAGAUUUUAGAGAUUUUAUAUUGGUUUAGGUGGGCUUGAGGGAAAAUUUUGAUUUUUUAUAUUUUUUGAUAUUUUUUGGAGGAUUUGAAUCAAAAGGAAUGUAAUUUGAGAGAGAAUAUGGAAUUUUGGAGUAGUACAGAGUGAAAUUGAGAGAAAUGAAGGGAAUUUUUUAUAUUAUUUUAGGUGGGUUUGAAUGAAAAUUUUGAUUUUUUAUAUUUUUUGGAGGAUUUGAAGGGAAAGUAGUGUUAUUUGAGACAGAAUAGAGAAUUUUUGAGUACUAGAGAAUAGAAUUGAGAGGAAUGAAGGGAGUUUUUUAUAUUGGUUUAGGUGAUUUUGAGGAAAAUUUUGAUUUUUGAUAUUUUUUUGGAGAAUUUGAGGGGAAAGGAGUGUAAUUUCAGAGAGAAUAGAGAAUUUUGGAGUAGUAGAGAGCAGAAUUGAGAGGAAUACAAGGAAUUUUUUUUAUAUUGGUUUAGGUGAUUUUGAGGAAAAUUUUGAUUUUUUAUAUUUUUUUGGAGGAUUUGAGGGGAAGGGGUGUUAUUUGAGAGAGAAUAGAGAAUUUUGGAGUACUAGAGAGUAGAAUUUAGAGGAAUGAAGGGAGUUUUUUAUAUUGGUUUAGGUGGUUUUGAGGGAAAAUUUUGAUUUUUGGAUGUAAUUUGAAGACUUCUUAGGAAGAUUUUGUUCUGUUAGAAUGAUUAUCAUAUUUUGAAUUCGUACUGGGUGAAUAGAGAGAAUUGAAGAGGAAUUUUUGCGUUUUUUAGAUGAUUUUGAACCAAAAAAUUGAAUUUUCCCCCUUUUUCCUAGUUUUCUGAUGAUUUUUGGAGGAUUUUUUGCAGGAAAAGUAAUAUCUGUCGUAUUUUACAACUGUUUUUGAUGUUCUACAAAAAAAAUUUUUCAGGAAGGUAUCCAAAAGUAUCCCGAUUUCGAGAAAUUCUUCCUCAUGCUCGGCCAGCUCUACGAACAACAAAAGCGCUUCGACGAAGCGAGAAAAGCCUUCACAACGGGCACCCGCCGAUGCCCCAACUCCAUCAUCAACUGGCUGUUGUUGAUCCGCUUCGAGGAGUCCCAAAAUGUGGCCGUAAAAGCACGCUCCGACCUGGACAUGGCCCGUCUAAAAAACCCCGCCAACGAAUUGCUGUGGCUCGAAGCGAUCAGGUUGGAGUAUAGAGCCGGCAAAAAGGACCUGGCACAAAGUAUCCUGGCCAAAGCCCUGAGGGAAUGCGAAAAUUCAGGUGGGAAAUUUGAAAAAGAAUUAAAAAAAUUUUUUUUGGAGUUUUUUAGAUUUUUUUGAGUUUUUUUGGAGUUUUUGGUGGAUUUUUAGGGGUUUUUGGUGGAUUUUGAGACGAUUUUUUCGACGCGGAUGAUAGUGGAAAUUUGCACUACGAAAUGCGACAAAAUUUUUUUCUUUGAAAAAUGAUUUUUUGACGAAAUUAGGGAGUUUUGAGAUUUUGAAAAUUUGUCGCGGGCCAUAGUGGAAAUUUGCCUUGUGAUCGGCGAUAAUUUUUUUUGAAAAAUUGGGGUUUUUUGCGUUUUUGGAAGUUUUUAAAAUUUUUAAGUUUUGUCACUGGUCGUAGUGGGAAUUUGCACUACAAAUUCGCCAAAAAGAAACAAUUUUUCAAAAAAAAAAAAAAAAAAAAAAAAAAAAAAACAAAAUAAAUUGUCGCCGAUCACAAUGUAAACAUCCACUAUGACCCGCGACAAAUUUUCAAAAUCUCAAAAAUCCCUAAUUUCUGCAAAAAAAAUCGUUUUUUCCAAAAAAAAAAAUGUCGCAAUUCGUAGUGCAAAUUCCCACUACGAACAGCGACAAAGUUGGGAAAUUUUAAAACUUCUAAAAUCGCCCAAAAAAUCAAUUUUACAAAGAAAAAAAUUUUGUCGCCAAUCACAAGGCAAAUUUCCACUAUGACCAGCGACAAUUUUUUUCCUAAAAACGAAUUUAUAAUACGACAGAUUUUUUGCGAUUUUUUUUGGGUUUGAUGUUUUUUUUAUAUUUGACCCCAAUUUUUUCAGGCAUUCUCCACGCAGAAGCCAUCUACCUCGCCACGAAGCAUCAACGCCGCUCGGUGUCGAUCCAGGCGCUGGAAAAGUGCCCCGAAAGUCCGCACGUCCUCCUGGCCGUCUCCAAAAUGAUGUGGGCCGAACGGAAGAUCGCCAAAGCCCGGGAAUGGUUCCAAAGAGCCCUGAAAAUGGACCGAGAUCUGGGCGACAUCUGGGCAUUUUACUACAAAUUCGAAGUGAUCCAAGGCACCUCGGACCAGCAACUCAAAGUCCUCGAGGAUUGUAAACUCGCCGAGCCCAGGCAUGGAGAACUGUGGCAAAAGGUCUCCAAAGACAUCAAGAAUUGGAGAAUGACAACUGAACAGAUAUUACUAACUGUCGCGGCAUCGGUCGACAUCCCACGAUAG